AUGCCUGACACCCUCUCAGGCACCGGAUCGAGUGGCGUCGCCACCUCGUCGGCGCCCACGUCAGCUUCCAACUCGUCUUCGAGCCGAUCGCGGAGCCCGGGCUCGGAUACCGGCAGGAGCAUCCUCAUCUGUCUUUUGAGGCUUGAUCUGCGCGUACACGACAAUGCGCUCUUCUACUAUGCCCACCAGCAGCCCAAGCCCAUUCUUAGCUCGGGCGGCAAGACGGUGGACUUGAGCCAGCUCGAGGACGAAGCGCUGCUGGGAUCGACCUCGGACUACCUCUUGCCGGUCUUCGUCUUCGACGAGAGAGAGAUGGAGUUGAGCGGUCUGCCCGGCUACAAGCGUAAAGGUCCCGAGGCAAGGACUCGCCACUAUGGCUUUUGGAAGACUGGUGGCUUCAGGACCAGGUUCAUCUCCGAGAGCGUCUACGACCUGCGUUCGAGACUACGCGACGUCGGCUCGGACCUCAUGAUCCGCUUCGGUAUGCCCGAGGACGUGGUCUGCAACCUCGUCAACGCCCUCCAGGCCAAUGGCGACUACGUCGAGGGCGUCUGGAUGCAAAAGGAGAUGACGUAUCCAGAGACCGAGAUCGAGUCGCAGAUUGCCAAUAAGCUGCACGGUACCGGCGUGCCCGUUCAUUUUGUCAACGGCAAGACGCUGAUUCACCCGGCGGACCUGCCCUUUCCCAGCAGCGAGACGCCCGACGUCUUCACGCCGUUCCGCAAGAAGGUCGAGUCGCUAGGGACGAGGAUGGUGCGGCCCGCCAAGGAGUCGCCAUCCACCUUCAAGCCCUUCCCGCCCGACCUCCCUCGGACGUCGGACUACGCGCUCGACGUGUCCUACGAGGUUGACGUCGACGGCUACAUGACGCGGGCGCCAGAGAGCAAGGACAAGCAGGAGGGGCAGACAUCGUUCCACGACAUUCUCCGAUACCUCUUGACGCCGCUUAACGAGUCGCAGCUCCCACCCACCCUCGAGGCCAACGCAUUGCUUCAGCAACGCCACCCUGCAUCCGCAUUCCCUCUGCGCGGCGGCGAGACGUCGGCGUUGGACCGCCUCGACUGGUACUUUGUCCGUGGCAAAUCGGCCGACUCGACGCGGUGGGGCAAGGCGGACCCACCGCCCGUGGCGAGGUACAAGCAGACGCGCAACAACCUGCUCGGCCAUGCGUACAGCACCAAAAUGUCGCCUUUCCUCGCAUACGGCAGCAUCAGCCCGCGCCAGAUCUGGGAGGCGCUCGACGAGCACGAGCAGAAGUUUGGCGAGGACCAGAACACCUACUGGGUCCGCUUCGAGCUGCUGUGGCGCGACUACUUCUUCUUCGUGGCGGAGAAGUUCGGGCACCUCCUCUACGACAUCGGCGGCUUCGAAAAGGCCACCGAUCCGAGGCAGGCAGCCAAGAAGCUCGAGGAUGGGUACUGGAGGUGGUGGGACCCGCUAAAGGACGGGCCCGAGCACGAGAUCACGCGGCUGCUCGAGGGGCGCACCGGCAUUCCGUUUAUCGACGCCAACAUCCUCGAGCUGCGCGAAAGUGGCUUCAUGAGCAACCGCGGGCGGCAGAACGUGGCCAGCUUCCUCUCCAAGGACCUGGGCUACGACUGGCGCAUCGGCGCCGAGUUCUUCCAGUCGCACCUCAUCGACUACGACCCGACGUCCAACUACGGCAACUGGCAGUACGUGGCCGGUGUGGGCAACGACCCGCGUGCCAGCCGGCAGUUCAACACGGUCAAGCAGGCAAAGGACUACGAUUCCCACGGCGACUAUGUCAAGAUGUGGAUCCCGGCGCUGCGCAACCUGCACGCCGACUUUGUCCACACGCCCUGGCUGCUGGAUGCAGAGGAACGCCGGCGGUAUGGGCUCAAGACGACUAGGAUGGAUGUCACGAUCGACGGCUACCCGGAGAGGCCGCUGAUUGAGCAUGAGGGUUGGAAGCGUCACUAUGAGCGGCGGCAGGGAGUCGGCAGCAAGAUGUACGGCAACCCGCAGGAAAAGGUCAAGGACGGCAAGGCGCCGCCGCGGCGGCACAAGCCGGCAGCGCGCUACCGGCCGUUGACGGCGUCGCUCGGCGGUCUCUCGGGGAGCGACCGUACCAUGGACCUGGUCUCGGCCAGCGCCGGCACGCUCCAUCCCAACGCCGACGGCCUGCAUCGCAACGUGAUCCCGCCUCUGCGUGGCAGUGCUGGCAGCAUCGGGCCGUCGUACGUGCAGGGUCCGGGGCCACUGGGCAAAAUGGCUGGGCACGGCUCGGAGCGCAGCUCUUCGCCCUUCACCAACGACCCGAUCAAGCAGCUGGCACACACGUCGGGCGCCUCGAUGCCGUCGCCGAUAGCACGGGCGCCGGGCAACGCCUUCGAUUUCGGCUUUGCGCGCUCCUCGAGCGCCAACAGCAACGACAACGGGCGCGUGCGACGCAGCAUGGCCAACCUCGACCUGUCGGGAGGUGGCGCCAGCAACGCCGCCGCCGCCGCCGGCGCUAAUGGCGACAAGCCGAUGCCGUUUGGUAGCAGCAGCCUCAACCACGUCUCGUCGAUGGGCAGUCCGGCCAUGACGCCCAACGGCGCCUCGACGCCGUCGCAUGCACCACCACCGUCCAAGGCGGACACGGAGCUGUCGUGGAGGAAGAGGGGAUAG